ACAAGGUGUUCGUGAUCCUGCCUGAUGACCCGAUCCAGCCUGGUGCCUCGUUGCCCGUGGUCCGGCCUGGUGCCUCGGUGCCCGUGGUCCGGCCUGGUGCCUCGGUGCCCCGCUGUCCUGCCAGAUGACUCGGUGCCCGCUGUCCUGCCAGAUGGCUCGGUGCCCGCUGUCGAGCUUGGUGACCCGAUGCCCGCGGUUAUGCUAGAUGGCUCGGUGCCCGAUGUCGUGCCAGAUGACUCGGUGCCCGCUGUCGUGCCAGAUGACUCGGUGCCCGCUGUUGUGCCAGAUGACUCGGUGCCCGCUAUCGAGCUUGGUGACUCGGUGCCCGCUGUCGUGCCGGAUGACUCGGUGCUCGCUGCCUCGCCUGAUGGCCCGGUGCCCGCUGCCCAGCCUGACGUGCCUCUGCCUGCUGCUCUCUACCUGCAUAUACCUCUG